AUAAUUGAUGUACCAUUGCGACUAUCGGCACAGGAACUUCUUAAUAAUCCUUCACUGCCAGGUUUGUCAAUAUUCAAAUGAAAACACGGCGGCAAAAAUUAAACGGUCACUAAAUAAUGAAUGUUUCAUGAGGUGAAAGAUGGAAUGUUCCAUUUAACGAGGCGACAGCCGAGUUGAAUGGAACAUUCCAUCUUUCACCGAAUGAAAAUAUUCUUACCAUUGCACGAAUAAAAACAUUCAUUAUUUGUUUUAUAUAAUACCAAAAUAGACUAAUAGAUUCGUAUGAGAAGCAUUUUGACGGAUGCAAUUUAUCGAAAAUACAAAGAGUGCAAUGGAAUAAAACGUAUAGUACAAUUGCACUCGCAAAGAGUGCAAUGGAACGUAUUCCAUUGCACUCUUGGGAAAUGGAAUUUUCUAUUCAAUAUCACGUGACCAUAAACAGUCAAUUCAAUAUAAAGGUAUUUUAUAAUAUAGCAUUUGUAAAUUCUGAACGCUGAUUGGCUAAGAGCCGUGUUGAUAUAAUUCAAUGUCAACACAGAAACGUUGGAAAAUUUCUUUCUUUAUGUUUCCGUUUGUGCUAUAUUAUAAAACAAAUAAAACAAUUUUUCCGUGUUGAUAUACAGUUAUAUCAACACUCGUGGAAAUUGGUGCGGGCGUCGCGUUUCCACACAAUUUCUCGUUUUCCCACAAUUUCUCGUUUUCCCAAUUUUCACUCGUGUUGAUAUUUAACAAUUAUUCGCCGAAGGCGAGGUGAUUAUCGGAAAAUAUUCGCCGAGACGAAGUCGAGGUGAAUAUUCCCCGAUAAUCACCGAGCCUGAGGCGAAUAAUUGUUUUAGUAUUUUUGUGUUUUUUGGGACUGGAUUUAUUUUAAUUUCGCUUAUUUCUUCAUCAGUAUAAUUAUGGCCACACAACGGCUAGCCGCCAUUUUGAAAAUUUCGGUUUUGUUAUAUUCACCUACAGGUGAAUAUAACAGCUUGUGUAAUACGUCAAAUUUGACCAAUCAAUUUGUAGGAUUUGUUAAUUGUUAUGUUCACUUGUGCAAAAAUACUUGAAAACUGUAUAUCAACACGGAAAAUGUGUUAUGUUUGUUAGCUAUAUACUAUACUUAUACUUAUUUUGAUUUAUAUUCCGUAGCACUUCGAAGUAGACCAUUUAUUGAUAUUUGGAGGCAAAAUGCUGUCACAAGAAUAAUACCAGACGAAGAAGUGCCUGGUUUUUUCCACGAUGCAGACGAUUCUGGUUCAGACCAGCCGUUUGAGCGUGAGGUUUGAGCUUUACUGUACAGUACACGACGUCUUGCAUUACUUUGCAUUACGGAAGUUUCGGUCAUUAAUUCUAACACUUUUCCUGACACCUGUCUCAACCCUUUACCCGAACCCAACCACAACUUCCUCUAACCCUAAUUUUUAAUGAGGUUGAAUUGCGGAUGGAAGCAAAGCAUUGCAGUGCAGGAUAGAUGAUUCCAGCUUAGACUAAAUUUUGAUCUAGGCAAAAAGAACAAUUCCAUCACAACAGCUCGAAAGAGCAUGUUAACAUUAGUAAUAUCAUGUUUGCGUGAAUUUCUAUUGUUCUAUUGUGCUGUAUUAGUAACUAAUUCACUCGCCUACUCAAAUGUACAGGUCGUAUUAGAACUAAUACGACCUCAGUUGACGUCACUACGGGUCGUAUUAGUAUUACCACAUCACCUGGAAAGUUUGAGCAAAAUUAUCACAAAAUUAUGCACUGAAAAACACACAAACAUUUAAUUGUUAUCAUUACUUGCUAAUAUAAUAUCCGCCGACAUCAUUGACAGUGUCUGAACACUGAUUUGGGUGAAAUUCACGCAAAAAUAAUAUUACAAAGUAAUAUCAUGAAAUGAGGAGUAUUAGUCAUUAAACCACCCGCUCGACGAGGGUCAUUUAUUAAAAUUCCCGAGGGCUACGGCCCUACAUUUCGCAACCAAACUUUGCAAUUUUACUCAUUUUAACCUGCUCUUUCUAGCUGUGGUGAUGGAUUUUGUUCUUCUUUAGAUCACUGAGAAUUUAGUCUAUAUAGCCGGAUUCAUCCAUUAAUUAAACACUACUUACACAAGGUUUCGACAAGAGGGAAGAAUUAUCAAACCUAAGAAAUCUCCUGUCCUCGACCUAGCACACUUCACCCAGAGGUAUAAGGACCAUAGAUAUCUUAUAUCACUAGAUAGUGCAUCUAAUUAUUUUGCAAUUCAAAAAUUGAAGCCGUGAUUGCAGACUCAGGAUAUUCCCAUGAAAUGAGAAGGCUCGUAUGUUUUCUAUUUCUUAAACAGGGAACUUAAACAUUAAGUUAAACCUAUUCCGAAUACAUUUUCAAGCUAUUCAAAUGAUGAAAGUUAUUGUUGUUUUUAAGCGUUUAUUAGCGAGUGGCCGGGAAACUUCAACAUGGCCGCCAUCUAUUCAAAUGGGAGUAACCGCUGGAAUAUUCUUGGCUUCAAUUUUACUAAAAGAGAUGCGCUAUCUAGUGUAUAAAAGAUAUCAUGAUAAGGACCCAUAUAUAACGGCUAAAUAUGCUAUUUGUUUCACACAGGUACCUCUUGUUGACGGUCAACCAAACGAAAGCAGCGACUAUGAACGGUCCCGUACAUCGUCCAUAGUGCCAGACGUGUUAGUUGACACACCAGGCUCCGCAAGUGAGUAUACCAUUUACCCAUGCAUACACGGGCAAUCAGCUUAGUUUCAGUAAACUGAUGAACUAGUGUGGUUAGCUUUUGGCAUGGAUUGUAAAAUAACUGGAUAGGAAACUUCUGACGUCAUUGGCCUCAUCCUUGUCACAGAGCAGAGACAUAUGUCUUAUCUACUCUGUGUCCUUGUUGAAAAACGUGACGUCACGCGUAUUGCGAAUGUUACCAAAGUUCUCGGCAUUUUUGUUGUUUUGCUAUAUUUUCCACUUUAAAAGGGUGAUAUUGAAGCAUAAACUGGUCUGAUUGUUUUAAAAACAUGCCUAAGCCAUGACAAAAUGUUCAAGGUAAAUGUUUUUCGUCUUUGUUUUGUAUUUUUUUACAUUUGUAGCUACGAAAUUGGCGUCACAAAUUUUAACGAAAUUUGCGAUGUAUUUUUCACUGUUUAGUGCUUGAAAUAUUUGCUAAAAUUGACUGGGAAUACUUAGAGUUUUCAUCGUAGAAUGGCGUGGUUAUAUUUAUUUGCUCUUUGACUAAAAUGUUUAGCUGUAUUAUUGCUAAACAUGCCGUUUUUGAGAAUUUGGUUUUCAACUAGGUUGAGGCAUCCAACCACGCCAUCAGCCCAUUAAAAACAUUAGGCCACGUCAGCUAGUUUCCUAUCCAUUUAUUUUAUUAUCCAUGCUCUUGGCAAUAGACGUUUUUACUGUUUAUUGCACUUUUGCCCCGUUUUAAUGUCUUAAUGAUUUCCCAAUGUUUCGCGCACGAAUAUGUUUUCUUGUCUUUGAUUUUUAAUCAAAUUUGAAAUGAACAUCAUAACUGUCAUUUAUGGUCAAUUUAAAACAGAAUUCAAGAUUCCAUGGUUAGGGUUAGGGUUAGAGGUUACUUAUAGUUCUUUUAUUCUGUUUUUUUUUCAGCGCCUGGUCAUGACCGCCCAGGUCCAGACACAUUAAGGUAAAUAUACUACUAUACACUAUAUAUAGUUGCUACAAAAUCGUGGAUAUUUGAUAAUUGUUCAUUUCGAAUUAUUUCCUUCUUUGCACGCGGGAAUAAUAUAUUAAGGAAGUGGUUUCAUGGUUUUAAAAUUGUAAAACAGUUCACGAUAUUAUUUGUUAAAUGUUUUGGAGAAUAUGAAGAAAUUUUCAAAACAGCACUUCAGUUAAAAAUGCCCGCAACAUCUUGUUAACAAGUUGAUAACAACAAGCGCGUAGCAACUUGUUACAAACAGUAAUAUACAUAUAGAUAUUAGUCUUGUUAAUUGGAACAACUUGUAGCAAGUCUGUUACCGUCAUCAACCUUGUAAAACGAUGAUAACAACUCGUUCCAGACUUGUCACAACAACUGACAACAAGCAGUGCAUGAGAACACAUUCUGAUAUCGGCUUGACAACAACCUUCAUGUUACGACUUUUUGCAAAUCUGUAACAAAACUGUGCGUUUUUAUGCGGGUAUAGCUAUACUUCUUUUAAAAAGCUUCCCACUCCAAAUUCUUUUGGUAACCCGGAAGAGAUAGCUCAGCAGUUAUCCGAAUGAGAAAAUGAUGUUCAUUUCUUUCUUCCUAAAAGUGUCAACGGUUCUAUACUUGCGGAAUCCUGCCAAUAUUAUUUGAAAAAAUAACUAAGAGACGUUUAGAUAAGCGUAAAAUGACUUAACUAGUUUCGACUUGGCUGUUUUAAUUUGUGAGGAACUGAACUGAAGAAAUUGAUUAAUUGGUGUGUCCUCGAAGACGGUUCGCCAGAGCAAGCCGCAAGCUAGUGCCUUUCACUUCUGAGAUCAUUAUUAUUAUUAUUAUUAUUAUUAUUAUUAUUAUUAUUAUUAUUAUUAUUAUUAUUAUUAUUAUUAUUAUUAUUAUUAUUAUUAUUAUUAUUAUUAUUAAUUCUCCAAACAUUUGGUUUUUCAGAUUAAUAUACAUGUAAAUUAUAUCUAAAUUAUUCUAUUGUAUAUUUACAGUUUAAAAUCGUUAAAAUUAGAUAAGUUCAUUAAGAUUUUAAAAGAAAAAGUUCAAGCAGAUAGUUAUAAAAAGUACUUUUAAAGUCUUUACAAUUGUCAUGUACAGUAAUGUUACUAGGUAGAGAGUUCCACAGGGAUACUGCUCGGUAUUCAAAUGUUCGUUGUCCGGCCACCGAUCUAUAAGCUGGAAUGUUUGGUUUUUGUUUAUUUCUGGUGUUUCUGAUCGUGGCCUUGUUUCGAUUCCCACUGCAUUUUCAUGACACCAUGAAAAAAGUAGUAGGUACUCUACCACAUAGGUCUGGAAAAUAUUCUUACAGAUUAACCAGGGUGUUAGCUAGCCCAUAUACUGUCCGUUUGACGGACUCUUCCCAAUUGAAGUAGCUAAGGGGCUUUCCCAACUGUGUCUACUGGACGAUUUUCAUUUUUUCUGAUGAGAAAGUGCAUUGCGUUUGAUUUUAUAUUAUUAUAUCAAAGAACGUAUUAUUUACUUUUUCCAUUAACUAUUUUCUCAAAAUGUAUCGCGUUUCAUUCAUAUUGGGUGUAUUCACUGAAAUGAAAUGUACAAAACAAAGUGUUAUCGGUGUGCAUCCGUGUUCAUUCACCGGAAAUGAAAUAUACAAAACCAAGCUACCAUUGUUUGCAUCUAAGGAGAAACACGUUGGAAAAAACACUAUUUAUUCCUACACAAGGACUUUGAUCGGUCAAAAAAACUUUCCCAAUUAACGUUUAACGGACAAAACCUUUUUUCCCUGGCUAACACCCUGAUUUUUCAUAUCUUGCUUGAUUCUUGAAAUAUUUUGACCGAAUGCAAUUUCCCUAGCGAAUUUUUUCGCGCGUAGCGACCUUUUUCCUUUGUCGGCAUUCAUUUUACCACGUCUUGCUGACGUAAUAAGUGAUACCGACAAAGGAAAAAGGUCGCUUCGCACGAGAAAAUUGCUGGAAAGCCGGCUUCAGAAAGUCUUCGUCUUUGUCAGGUUGAACUGCGUCCUUCGCGAGUCAGUUUAUAGCUCUUAGCUGCAAGUUAGGAUCAUUAUUAGUACACCCCCACAUGCAGUACUAAAAUAUAACAUAUUUCAGUGAAAAGAACCAUGAGAAUUUCUAUUCAGUGCUAGCAGCCUAGCUUUUGGUCGUAUACACGGCUUCCUUGUAAUAAUCCCGGAAAAUAUGCUGAUAUUUACAGGCCUGGCUCGAGUAAUGACAAUAUUUUCCCACCAUCUAUCAUUCUACCAACGAUAGCAGAAACCUCCGGUAAGAAGUCUUUAACUUAGCUAACUUGUGCGACUGGAAGUAAAAAAGGCCAUUAUAGAGAGUUUACAGUAAAGUAAAAUACCCAGGUUCAAUAAUGUAGUUUAUUAUAUAAAGUGUAGUGCUUUUAUAGAGAUUUCGAGCACUGAUAAAAGUGAUAAUCUCACAUGUGAGAUUAUUCAUGAUAAUCUCACAUGUGAAGAUUAUCGCUUUUCAAUUAUCGCUUUUCUGUAAAAAUUGUCGCUUUUCGAAGACUGUCCUUUAUAUAAUAAACAGAAAAAAUACAUGUGUGCUUGGAAAUACCAUAUUUAUCCCAUGAAUUAUUCUCUAUUUAGUUAGCAAAGAUAAAGUGAGAGCGUACCAUAGUAUCAUGAACAAGCUUUCGCAGGGUGUUAGCAACAGUCAAAAAUUCCGCGUUAAACGCGGUUUUCCCAAUUACCUUGAGGUCGCAAUUUCCCAAUUUGGGUCAGCCAAAAAAUAGCAUAAAAAUUGAAUUAAUUUUUUCACAUCUGACAAUAGGCCAGUCACGUAUCUUACCGUCCAUCUUGCCGUCAAUAUGUUGUUAAUACGCCAUUAAAAACAUGUUUAUAACUACAUUUGCUCAAAAUUACUCCCAAAAUGCGGGAAAUGCCAUUUCAGAGACACAAAAAAUUGUCGCGAAAAAUUUUGAUAUGUCCGGAAAAAUUUUUGGACCCCUAAAAUGGUACACUGACCUAAAUUUUGUGGCGACGGGGAGGUCGCCUAAAAAAAAUUCCCAAUUUCAUGUAAACGCGGAUUUUUUUUACUUCUGUCUAACACCCUGUUUCGUUGCGUGGUAUAGGGAUGCGACUGACAUAUAUCUGAGAAAUGUAAGGAGAAUUUCGACGUUUCGAGCGAAGGCCCUUUGUCUGGAGUUACUAUACAGGGUGUAUAAAAAAAACUGAACAGAUUUGAAAUUGCUCUCAAUUUCGCAAAACACCUAUUUGUAUCCGGUUUUUUAUAUAUAUAGCUUCUUUGGGUACUUAUAAUGUAGAAUAAUGAAAAAAAUUCUCGAACUCAAAUUUUGUGAACCAGGGGGUGUGUCUUUUCCAACAAACUAAAAAUGGCUCGCGCACAAAAUUUAAAAGUUGUAAUCAUAUUUUGAGUUAAUAGAUGGAAAAUUUGUCGGUUUAGUUUAAGGCCUUUAACUAUUCACGCGAAGUUACAUUUUUCCUAAAAAUCAGCUAUUUGCAUGCUUAAUUAAUGCCUUUGCCUAAUUUGCAUAUGUUAGCAAUAUGCAAAUUAGGUAAAGGCAUUAAUUAAGCAUGUGAAAGUCUGAUUUUUUAGAAUAAAAUGAAUAGUUAAAGGGCUUAAACUAAACCAAAUUGUCUGAAAUUUUGUACAGUAAUUAAAAACCCAACAAAUGUUCCAUUUAUUAACUCAAAAUAUGAUUACAACUUUUAAAUUUUGUGCGCGAGCCAUUUUUAGUUUGUUGGAAAAGACACACCCCCUGGUUCACAAAAUUUGAGUUUGAGAAUUUGUUUUCAUUAUUCUACAUUAUAAGUACCCAAGGAAGCUACAUAUAUAAAAAACCGGAUACAAAUAUGUGUUUUGCGAAAUUGAGAGCAAUUUCAAAUCUGUUCAGUUUUUUUUUAUACACCCUGUAUAGUCGCUAGUAACUCCAGACGAAGGGGCCUUCGCUCGAAACGUCGAAAUUCUCCUUACUGUCGAUGCAAUGGAAGUGUUGAUAAAAUAUUGCACGAAUUCGUUUCCUCAAGUUGAUCAAUUCAUACAAAUUCAAAUUUCUUUUUACUUCCUGUGGCAAUCUCGUUCCCCGAGCCUGCGAUCGGGAAGGAACGCGAGGCUCUGGGAUAAUCCGUUUCAGGGAGGAAUCUGAUUGGCCAUUGAAAUGGAAUGCGUAGUUCAAUCUUAGCCAGGAUUCUUGGCUUCCGGUAACGGAUUAUCCCAGAGCCUUCGAUUCCUUGCCGAGGAUCGCAGGCUCGGGGAACGAGAUUGUUCCUGUGGGUUUCCUAUUGGUCAAUCGGUUCUGAAACGAAAUCUAAUUGGCUUAUCUAAAAGUAACAGGAAGUUGAUCAAUAUUUUCUAUCAAAUAAAUUGAUCUACUUGAGGAAAGGAAUUGGUGCAAUAUUUUAUCAACACUUCCAUUGCAUCGACAGUAAAACUUUUUUACUUCCUUUCUUUUACCUUUUAAAUGAAACUUUUAUAUCUAGGGCCAUUUUUAAAAUUUUGUUUUUUGAAUGUUUUACUUAGUCAUGCAAUCACGUCCUUCUAUUAACCGUGAUGCAAUAUACAGCUGUUUCAAUUAAGGUUGUCCACGAGCAAAGCGGAAAAAUCGAAUACGAGCGCGAAAGGCUGCUGGCUGGGAAUCGCUAACAAAUUAAUGCAUUUUCAAACCGAUUCGCAGCAGCCUUUCGCGCUCGUAUUUGACUUUUCCGCUUUGCUCGUGGACAACCUUAAUUGAAAAUAUCCCCGCUCAUAUUAUUGGCACUACACUGGCACAGACAGUACAAUACCAUAUUAACAGUGCACUUUUCUCUACAGAUCGAGAGCCCUCUAUUUCACCGAUUGGAGAAAUAGUUGAUCACGAAGUCGAAUAUAAGCAAGAAGCUCUUGACCUCUUGAUACAGAGGUAGAUGUUUGUGUAAAAUAUGUUUUUUGAAAGAUGACACUAUCCGGGACCUUUGUACAACCGGCCCCAGAAUAGUAAGUUUGGAUUUCCUCCUGUGGUAACACUGGACCUAUUAGGGCUGGCAUGCAUCUACUAGACAUCUAGGAGUCCUAGGAAUAAAACAGAACUGAAAACUGUUGAAACACUGGCCAAAAGGAAUCGCCCCUACUGGCAAAGCUAUCCAGUUUAAAAAGUCAGUUGGAACUAGGAAGCAAAUUCUGAAUAGAAUUUCCAUUUUGAAACUUACUAUUUUUUAAGUAGAGAAAGAGGACACAAUAUUCAAGUUAAUCAAGUUAUUUAAAAAGUCAGACUACUCAUGUAGUUUACAUUACGUUUCCUCCUGUACUAACAAUACCGGAGCAAAAAGAAACGAUACUCUCUGUAUAGGAAGAGCAGCUUAGACAGAAAGCCAUUGUGCUAUGAAGUUAAAAUAGUUCAUUUGAUUUUGAUAUUUCUGAUUCUAAGAGUCACUAUAUAUCUCUUGUAUUAAAGACUUCUGAGAGAGGUUUUGGGCGAUAGAGAUCAGACGAGUUUUUCUGAAAUUUUCCCUCCACGACCAAAUGAUACGAGAAGAAUAAGGGCAGCGAGAGGACUGUAUGAGCUACUAGGUAAGAUGAUAAUUUCAGUGUCAGAAGGCAACAUCAAUCAGUUAUCCUUUUUCCAUUAGGGGAAAUAUAACUACAGUAGAUAAAAUUAUAGGAAAUAACGUCCAAGUUUGAAGCGAAGCCCCCGUCGUGUGCAAUUGAGGACAUGGAUCGGGAAAACAAACGACUGCUUAUGCAAAGGGUUUCGUUCAAACCAUCAAAGAUUUUCAAAACUUUUUCACUAUUACUAUAUGCAACUGCAUCCUUCACUGAAUCACCCAUGCGCUUCGGUAUUGCAAAAGAGCUUUGUUUUCUGCUUACAGAAAUACACAUGUAACCAAUCAAAGUUAACCAAUCAUAUAUUUCAGUAUUAACUACUAUUUAACUACAGAAUAGUGGUUAAAAGUAGUUAAAAGUUUUAUACAACCGAUCCGUGAUAUUUACCCAAUUAGAAACAUAAAAAUCUGACAACUUGUCGACUAGAUGUGUUCACAACAGAUUUGUAGCAAGAUUGUCAAGAAGUCGUAACAAUACUGUUAUUAAGUUGCUUCAAGGUUGUCAUUCACAACUUGACAACUGACAAGUUAUUGAAAUGCAGGAUGAUAACAAGUUGUUGGAACAACUUGUAACAAGUUUGUCGAGUUCAUCAUCUUUGUAGCAAGUUGUCAACGAGCUGGGAACAAGCAGUGCGAAUACAUGCACCCAUGCACCCUUUCGAUAAUUACGUCACACAUAGUUUUUGGUCUUGGAGCCUCGCUCUCAUUAGUAAAUUACGCAAGGUGAUUGGCUCACGAUUCAUAAGAGCGAGGCUCCCAGGCCAAAUGUCGUAAUUAUCGAGAGGGUGUAUCACACAACCUGUUGACUUGUUGGAACAGCAUUGCUAUACAAGACUGCUGCAGGUUUGUUACAACUUGUCUGUGUUUGAGUUGCAUUAUUAGUAGCUACCCCUGCAGUUCCGUCGAAAAAUGUCUAUAAUCUACACUAGAAAAUUUCCGUCUACCAAAGAAACCUUUAAAUGUAAUUUCAGUUUGGCAUCAAAGAAACGUUGCAGUUCUCUCUCAACCUGAAGGCGGAUUCAGCGAGAUCUAUAUUGAACGGGGAAGUAACUUUUGAUCCAUGCAUCCCUGAAGUCCACUGACUGGCAAUUACGAAACCAAACUGAUAUGGACGAAAUUCACACGUUUUAAAGUAGGUACAAAGAAUUGAGGUAUGUUGCUAACGUUUCUCACAAAAAUGAUAUGUUCUUAAUAAAAUAGCGUUUUGGUUUUAGCCCUAUAGCCUCGAGUUUUUUAUGAAUAGAACAAAUUAGGCGAGACUAUAUUAUAGACGCAAUCUUAAUUUUAUAUUUUUGAAUAUCUUAAUAUAGAGGUGUUUUAUUAUUUGUCAUAUAAUUUUACUCUAUAGUGUGUCAUAGAAUGUCCAAUAGUACCAGGUUCAGCUAUUUAUAACUGUAUAGUAUCUCAUAGUGGAGUUAUUUAUAAAAUAGAAAUAUCAUAAAGUUUAUAUUUAUAAGUUGGGUUGAUAAAAUUGUUAAAUAUAUUGUAUAUCUGUAUUUAAUGUACAUUUAAAUAAACUGUUUGUAGAUUUCAGAUACAUUAUUCUGCAAUUAAUAUUUCUUACUUUGCAGUUUUUUCCCCUAUUCAUCAUGUAUAUACACUUCUCGAAUUUGCUUGAGCGACAAACAUUUUCUGGGGGUGCUCCCCCCUAUACAAAAUCCCACUUUUUCAGUUCAUAACUUCCUAGUUAUACAGUAGGUCCAUUUUUCUUGAUGGCCCCUUCACUGAAAAAUUCUUGGACGAGGCCCUGUGUUAACCUGGUCUUGUUGAAGAGUAAAUUAAUUAAUUUGUGUGUAACCUUAAUACCUGUGAUGCAGCGGGUUUUAUGGCAGAGUGGGCAGAUCCCCCAUGUCUCAUGUACACAAAUUCAGGAAAUGUCUAUAUUAAUGAUGCAAACUAUACUCUACAAUUCCCUACAACACAACUGGCGCACAGCUGACUAUUUUAAAUCAAAGUUCAGGAUAUUGAGUCUCUUGUCCAAGGCCACAAAAAGUUUUGUAUGGUUAAACUUGAGCGAGUACACUGAACUCGUUGUAUGUCGACUGCCAUGAUAGUACUAAAGGAGAAAAAGAUACAUUAGAAAGGUACUGUACAUUAUUGUAUUUGUACAUAACAGUUAUAUUAAUCUAUGAAGCGA